CCUACUUUGUGUGUAAGAGAGAGAUAGAGAUAGAGAGAGAGAGAUAGAGAGAGAUAUCAUCUCUCAAGCAACCCCUUUUUGUAUUCUUCUUCCUCAUGCACUUUCAACUAUCUCAUUUUCUUGCAUACACAAUUCUUGAAUGUCAAGAGAAAGGGAAGGGUUUGAAGAGAUCGGGAAGAAGCUGAAAACGGAGAUCGAUGGUCGCAACUCCUCAUCGCCGCCGCCGUCAUCGAUGAGUAUGGGAAGGAGACACGUGUUCGGGCCGCCGGGAAGCUUAAACACGAUCACGCCUUGCGCCGCGUGCAAGCUUCUGCGGCGGAGAUGCGUGGAGGAGUGCCCCUUUUCGCCCUAUUUCUCACCACAUGAGCCCCACAAAUUUGCUGCCGUUCACAAGGUUUUUGGAGCUAGCAAUGUUUCCAAGAUGCUCAUGGAGGUGUCGGAGCCCCAAAGGGCCGACGCGGCCAACAGCUUGGUCUACGAAGCGAACGUUAGGCUACGAGAUCCGGUUUAUGGGUGCAUGGGUGCAAUAUCCGCGCUGCAGCAACAGAUCCAAACCCUUCAAGCCGAGCUCAACGCAGUGAGGGCUGAGAUUCUCAGAUAUAAAUACCGAGAAGCUGCGAAUUCGAUCAUCGCCUCCACCAACGCCGCGCUAGCUGUCUCUGUGGCGGAGCUGCCGCAGGCUCCGCCCACUCCGACGCCUUCUCAGACGGCUCGGGAGGCUGCACCGCCGCCGUCGGUGGUGAUCUCGUCGACUUCUUCGGCUCCGGCGCUGUAUGCGUCGCCUUCUAGCACAGCUAGCUACAGCAGCAUUUCCAAUAAUCAUAUACCUUUCUUUGACUAAAUUGUAUCCAUUUUUGCUUUUUUAUUUUUUAAAUAAAACUUUUUGUUAUUAGGAAUGAUGAAGAAAUUAAACUCUUGGAAUUUCUUUUCGACUUUCCCUAUUAUAUAUUG